AUUCCAACUCGCCGCAGUUCGGAGCAGCAAGUGCUCUGUGCAAGAGGUUGUUGCUCUCACUUGGAGGUGAACAGCUUCUCUUGCUGGCGUGCAGUGAAGGCAGCCAAGUCUGGAGAUGCAGUUCUCUCCCUGGAGUGAAAGAUGUUUGGUUCGUUUUUAACCAACUAUGCUGGAUAGCUGUAAGCUGAAAAGUGUUUGCAACUUGCCGUUGAUUUGUCAUAGGAAAUUAAUCAGUACUGCUGGAACCAGUAAUGCAGAUGUCUCUACAGCUGAUCCAGGAAUGUACCAGUUGGACAUUACAUUAAGAAGGGGUCAAAGUUUAGCUGCCCGAGAUCGGGGAGGGACAAGUGAUCCAUACGUGAAGUUUAAAAUUGGAGGAAAAGAAGUUUUUAGAAGUAAAAUAAUACACAAGAACCUCAAUCCUGUGUGGGAAGAAAAAGCUUGCCUUCUUGUGGAUCACCUUAGGGAGCCACUGUACGUAAAGGUAUUUGAUUAUGAUUUUGGACUACAAGAUGACUUCAUGGGCUCAGCCUUUCUGGAUCUCACACAGCUGGAAUUAAACAGGCCCACUGAUGUGACCUUGCCUCUGAAGGACCCUCAUUAUCCUGAUCAUGAUCUUGGAAUCAUUUUGCUCUCGGUGGUUCUUACCCCUAAAGAAGGAGAAUCCAGACAUGUGACAAUGCUAAUGAGGAAGAGUUGGAAAAGAUCAAGUAAGUUUCAGACCCAAAGUUUACGUCUAUCAGACCUACACAGAAAAUCACACUUGUGGAGAGGAAUCGUCAGCAUCACCUUGAUUGAGGGGCGAGACCUGAAGGCCAUGGACUCCAAUGGGCUGAGCGAUCCUUAUGUCAAGUUUCGUCUUGGACAUCAAAAGUACAAGAGCAAGAUUAUGCCAAAAACUUUGAAUCCUCAGUGGCGAGAACAAUUUGAUUUCCAUCUCUAUGAGGAGAGAGGAGGAAUCAUUGAUAUCACAGCGUGGGACAAGGAUGCUGGAAAAAGGGACGAUUUCAUCGGCAGGUGCCAGGUUGACCUGUCGGCCCUCAGUAGGGAACAGACGCACAAGUUGGAACUGCAGCUGGAGGAGGGCGAGGGCCACCUCGUGCUGCUGGUCACCCUGACAGCCUCGGCCACCGUCAGUAUCUCUGACCUCUCCAUCAACUCCGUGGAGGACCAGAAGGAACGGGAGGAGAUUUUAAAGCGAUACAGCCCCCUGCGGAUAUUUCACAACAUCAAAGAUGUGGGAUUUCUCCAGGUAAAAGUCAUCAGAGCAGAAGGAUUGAUGGCCGCUGAUGUCACAGGUAAAAGUGACCCGUUUUGUGUGGUGGAGCUGAAUAACGACAGGCUGCUGACACAUACUGUCUACAAGAAUCUCAAUCCCGAGUGGAACAAAGUCUUCACAUUCAACAUUAAAGAUAUCCAUUCCAUUCUUGAAGUGACAGUUUAUGAUGAAGAUCGGGACCGAAGUGCCGACUUUCUGGGCAAAGUUGCUAUCCCGUUGCUCUCUGUAAAAGCCAGUUUACGGACGUUAAUACCCAAAGAACAGAAGUACAUUGAAGAGGAAAACAGACUCUCUAAACAGCUCCUACUAAGAAACUUUAUCAGAAUGAAACGCUGUGUCAUGGUGCUUGUGAAUGCCGCGUACUACGUGAAUAGCUGCUUUGACUGGGAUUCACCCCCGAGGAGUCUUGCUGCUUUUGUGGUAUGACUUACAUUGUUAUUCAUUAAAUGCAGUCAUCGGGGCUACGUGUUUCUGUGGCUAUAGUAACAGUUCCGUUGAUGUGGCCAUUUAAAAACUCCUAUUUUAAGACUUGACUGGACAGAUUUGCCGUGGGCAGGGACCUGAUGGAUUGUACAAGGUCUGAAUCCAAGAAUACAUCUCCCUCCCCUCAGAUUUCCGGAACGCGAGCCAUCUCAGCCAAUGUAUAAUUUUCCCUGUGACAGUUAAAAAGUGAAAUUUUUGCAUAUUGCAUAAUUCCAAAAUGCCAAUAGGAAGGCCAGGAAAACUCUUGAGUAUGAGAUACAAUCACAGCCAUAGUCUUGACAGUCCUCGGCUUGAUUUUAUGCGUUCCUUUAUUUUGUCAAGUUAUGAAAAUCCUUGACAAUGGAAGGCCCAUUGGUUGGGCUCUAAUACGUGACUCAGUUGUCAGUGGAUAGGACAUAUUUAGCAGAUGUUUUGUCCUAUCCAAGGUUUUCCCUUUUUAAAGUCACCAGUGAGGUGAUGAUAGGGUCAAAUAGCCCUGUGUGUUCCACUUGCAGCCUUUUACUCUGAUCAAUUAAUAACUCACAAUGAAAUCUAAUGGCAGAGUGGGAAAAUCAAAACAAACAAGUAAAAAAAAAAAAACUUUCCCAUUAGCUUUUGCUGGAAUUUUCUGCUCUCCUGUUAUUGUUGCUUGUGAAGGAUUUUAGUUGGAAGUUUCGUGGGAGUCCUCCUUUUGCAAUCCUUUAUUUUAUUUUUGUGUGUGUGAGAAUAUGAGGACCUUAUGUUUCCUGAGAGUUGCCAGUUUAGCAAAACCCAACUUUAUUAUGGGCUCUUCCAAGAAGAGCCUUAAUUACUAACAAAUCAACCUUUUUAGUAUUACCAUUCAAAUGAGGGGUUGCACAGCUGUUUGGUCCUUGGAGUCUGUCUUCCUCUCCAGCCUUGUAUGGAGACUUUCUUUAAUGGCUGAGCACAGAAACAAAGAGUGUGCGUGUCCCUUUGUGUUGUAAGUUACCAGAAAGUUAGGCAGCCUUCUUCCCAUAGACAUGCUGUUGUCUCCUUAAAGAAAGCAUUACUGUUAAGUUUUAGGGAAAAACUCCUUCUGUCAAUGGUCUUUUAGUUACCCUGUCACAUAAGAAGUUUAUCGGCGUGUUCUAACAGCAACUUUAUUCGGAUCUUUUUUUCCCCUGGCAAAAGACAUUUUGACAUUCGUGAGAAAAAAUGAUGCUGAGUUUCUAGGUCUAUUUUAUAUCAUUACUUCCAGAAUCUAUAGGGCCUUAGAAUAGCAGUAAAAUUCCACUGCAAAGGUCACACUGCCAUUUUUGAUUCACUCUUUCCAAAGUCAUUCUCCACAGCUGUUUGCAAAAUUCAAAAACAGGGCAGUGUACAAAAGUCUGUCAUUGGUUCAGGAAUAUUCGUUUUGAGUUCUGUAACAUGACUGGGGUGUGCACCUUUUUCUAAUUUCUGUCUUCUAGAAGACACACAUGUCAAUGUCAAGUGAGUUCAAGAUGGCAGCCUUCCUUCAAAAUUCGCUUGUUCUUAAAAGAAAAAAAAUCAAACACCAGAAUUCCGGGAAAUGUGGGUCCAUGUACAUAGUAUUUCUCAAGCGACUUCACUCUGAGACAAACCCCACUACUAGGGCAGAAAUGUGGCUGCCUUUCUUAGCAGGUGGUCAUAUUCAGUCCUGUUAUACACAGUUGAAUGUGCGAGGCUUAUAAAAAAGAGGAACAGAUGUAGGAUAAGGGUCCACAGACUCUCAUGGUAAAAACAGACCCCCAGCUACAAAGUGCACACACAGGAGGAAAAAAGGAUAGUAUGGAGUGUUUCCUUGGAGAAAAGUACAGAGUUGGCUUGCUACUGGAGGAGAUUUAACAAUGAAUAAUACAGCCCAAAGGCGUUGCUGUAGAUCUGGCCCAGGAGCUGAUGAUGGUGGGAACUGGUUUCUUGCCCUGAGCCUUCAGUGGCACCUGCACUUGGUGCCUCAAGCAAAUAGCUGAGUGAGUCUGUGGAGGAAUCAGUCCAGCUGCACACGUUCCUUUUUUUGGAGAAAUUCAUUCUUGAAUGAUGCCAGGUAAAUAAUAGUUUAUUGUAAUAAAGGUAGUUAUUAAAUCAUAAUAGACAUAACUUAAUGCUAUUGUGUAAUUCUUCCCCGCAGUUUCCUUUUAGAUUUUAAACUCUUUCAUAAUUCGUUGUCAAUCAUCUGUUUCAACCUGAAAUUCUGACAUACAAAGGUGCUUAUGUAAUCAUCACAACAGUAUUUAUUAGGUGUUUAACAUAUGCCAGGGGACUGCUUCUUGUGCAUUUACGAUUUUUGUAUCCCUAAAGCCUUUCUAGAUAGAUUCUGAUGUUUUCCCAGGACACAAAGGAAGAAACUUCAGCACAGAGAAGUUAACUCUUGCCCAGGGCCACACAGCACACAUCAGUUCCUCUGUAAAGGAGUUUUUAAAAUAUAUGUCUUAUAAUUUUAGUAUCACGUCAGUGCAGAUAAAAGCUACUGGGGAACUUAUUCAUCUCACAGAUGCUAAAUGAUGUCUUUUAAAACUGAAGGUUUCAAAGUUUCUCUCUGUGAACAUAGAGCCUUCAUGGGCAAGUUACUGAAGAGAACUCCUCCAACUGGAAGAGUGUGUGAGAAGCACCCCAUUGCUAUACACAUGUUGUUUCCAUUAUUCCCUCUUGAUGCCUCAUGGGCUUAUUAUAAUGAUAUUGGUUGCACUUGGCCCACUUUUUAUAAAUGCAGCUGCCUCAUUCAGCCAUGCUUUUGUAUCAUUGCACACCUUGGUUUUUGUCCGAGAUCAGUCAAGCAUAUAAGGGUUACUUUUUAAAUUACAUUUUGGUUUUUUGUUUCUAAUGUACUGUCCAAAAAUAAAUAUAGAACAAUGAAAUCAAGGCAUAAAUCUAUAUAGUUAGAUAGAUAGAUAGAUAGAUAGAUAGAUAGAUAGAUAGAUAGAUAGAUAGAUAGAUAGGUAGGUAGGUAGAUGAUUCCAGUUUCUGUGAAGGAAGACUUAGCAUAAGCCCCGCCUCCCAACCACUCCCUGUGUGCCAUGGGGAAGACCUAAAGUCAUUUGACAUUUGCAAAAAAUGCAGUAGGUCUGCAGGUGGAUCAACUAUAAGCAAAUGUGUUUCUGAAUAGCCUCACUUUUUUUGUGCUGUAAAGAAGGUCUUUACAUUGACCUUCAAGCUUGGCCUGAAAGCAAACACAGGUAUGUAUGGUGCAGUAGGCCUGUUCAUCUUCAGGAAUCAUCUAUUGUAGACUUGGGAAUGUCUCAUAAAUUGGGCCUAAUUUUCAUCAGGCUUUUGACCAGACCUUUGUAUUCUUGUGGAUGUCAGUGGGUGCAACAUGGGAGAAAAAAAAAAUGCGGUACAUCUCUCCUUCCAGUACUGUCAUUUCUCACUGUAAUGAGCACAAAAAUAAUUGGACAACUGAGCUAUCAGUAAAAGGACACACUUCAGUGUGCGUCAGAGAAUUAUUCUGCAGGACAAACUUUAAUCUUUAAAUGUGAUUGUAGAUAAUUUGUGGUACCAUCUGUCCAUUUGGAAUUGUUUUAGCCUUUUCUGUCGUUAUACAGUAAGUGCCGCUGUGUUUAACAUUAACAUUUGAUAUUUUACACAUUUAAUUUCUGUUCUGCUGUGUAGGUCCUUGGGGAGUGGAGCGGUAGUGCUACAUGAGA